GGACGCGCGCGGAUCGAGACGCGCGCCGACGGACGCGCGCGAUGGUGCUGAAUGACCUCGGGAAUAAAAUCGCGAGCGCGCUGCGAUCGCUGAACGCGCACGUCGUCGUGGAUGAGGAAUUACUCGACGCGUGCCUGAAGGACAUCACGAACGCGCUGCUCGCGAGCGACGUCGCGGUGCCGCUCGUGGUGCGAAUGAAGAAGAACAUCGUGCGAGAGGUGGAUUUGGAUAACAUGGCGAGCGGGAUGAACGCGAAAAAGGUGCUGGAGCGGGCGGUGUUCAAGGAGCUGACGGCGCUGCUGAACGGGGGCGGGGACGCGAGCGGGACGAAGACGAGCGGGACGAAGACGAGCGGGACGUGGACGCCGAAGAAAGGGAAACGGAACGUGGUGAUGUUCGUCGGAUUGCAGGGGGCGGGGAAGACGACGACGUGCACGAAGUUUGCGCAUUAUUACGCGAAGAAGGGGUUUAAACCAUCGUUGGUGUGCGCGGAUACGUUUCGAGCGGGGGCGUUUGACCAGUUAAAACAAAACGCGACCAAGGCGAAGAUUCCGUUUUACGGGAGCUACACCGAGAGCGAUCCGGCGACGAUCGCGGCGGCUGGGGUGAAGCGGUUUGAAGAGGAAAAAUCGGACCUCAUCAUCGUCGAUACGUCGGGGAGACAUAAACAAGAAGAGGCGUUGUUCGAGGAGAUGCGAGAAAUCGCGAGCGUCACGGAACCGACGAUGACGAUUUUCGUGAUGGAUAGUUCCAUAGGUCAGUCAGCGUCGGAUCAAGCGAAAGCGUUCGCGAGCACGGUUGACGUCGGUGGAGUGAUUAUGACCAAACUUGACGGUCACGCCAAGGGCGGGGGCGCGAUCUCGGCGGUGAGCGAAACCAAGGCGCCGAUUUUAUUCAUCGGUACUGGAGAACACAUCGGCGAGCUCGAAGCGUUCGAGACGACGUCUUUCGUCAGUAAAUUGUUAGGAAUGGGAGAUAUCAAAGGUUUAGUCGAAAAGAUGAACGAAAUCGUCCCCGAAGAGAGCGCGGAGAAGCUUAUGGAGGCGUUCGGGAGCGGCACGUUUACGAUGCGCCUUCUUUACGAACAGUUUCAAAACUUGCAAAACAUGGGUCCCAUUUCGUCCAUCAUGAGCAUGGUGCCCGGAAUGGCGGACAUGAUUCCCAAGGGCGGCGAAGAGCAAGGCACGAAGCGCAUGAAGUCGAUGAUGGUGUUGAUGGAUUCGAUGACGGAUGCCGAGCUCGACGCCCCCAACGCUUCCAAAAUUUUCAACGUCAAGCGCAUGGAGCGCGUCUGUCGCGGCGCUGGUCGCUUACCGUCAGAGAUGAUCACCCUGCUCGAAGAACAUAAACGUUUGGGUAAGAUGAUGGGCAAGAUGAAAGGCAUCAAAAUGCCCGGCGCCGGCGGCGCGCGCGGACGAGGCAACCCCCAAGCGAUGCAACAACAAAUGUCCCAAAUGGCCAACGCGCUUCCGCCCGACAUGCUUCGCAUGAUGGGUGGACAGCAAGGCAUGAUGAACAUGAUGAAACAAUUCGAGGGCAUGGAUCCGAAGGCGAUGCAGGGCAUGAUGAAAGGAAUGAUGUAA